UCUCAUAUCCAACAAACCUCAUAGCUAAUUCUUCAAUCUUCCAAUGGCAGAUCACCAGAAAAUCCACCCUGCUCCGGUUCAACCCGCCAACAUCGACCUUGAGUCACAAAACAAGCCCACUGCACCAUUGGUGCCCACCGGCUCAUCCAAGUCCGAUAGCCCCAAUCCGGUCGAACCCUUCCCAUACCGUCGAACCAUCCCAGUCCAAUACUCCAAACCACCAAAGAAAAGAGGCUGCUGUUGUCUACUCUUAUGUUGGAUACUUUUUGUCCUAAUACUACUAGUAACCAUUAUAGGCAUUUUAGCAGCAAUAAUAUAUUUCGGGUUCGACCCGAAAAUACCAAAAUAUUCAGUCGAUGGCAUGACCGUUACGCGGUUCAGCCUUGACAACGACAGCGCGUUAAACGCGCAAAUUAAUGUAAACAUUACCGCAAGAAACCCCAACUCGAAAAUUGGGAUAUACUACAAAGGUGGCUCCAAGAUGAGUGUUAGUUACAUGGGUAAAAAACUUUGUGAUGGUUCGUUACCUAUAUUCUACCAGGGUCAUAAAAACACCACGGUGCUAAAUGUGGGUCUGACCGGUCGGACUGGGGAUGCUACGGGUUUGGUUAACUCGUUACGCACGCAACAACAGACGGGGAUGGUUCCGCUGGUUCUUAGGGUUAGGGUUCCGGUUAGGGUUAAGCUUGGUAACUUGAAGUUGCCAAAAUGGAAGCCGGUGGUGAGGUGCAGGGUUAAUGUGGAUAGUUUAUCUGCUGAUAAUGUUGUUAGGGUUAGGGAUAGUAGUUGUAGUUUUAAGUUUAGGUUAUGAUUCUUUUGAUUUGUUUCUUGAUUUAUUGGUGAUUGAUGUAUCAUUUUUUGAUAUUUUUUGUUCUAUGUUAUUGUAUGUUUAUGAUAUCAUGGUAGAUAUUACUCUAUUAGAAAUAAUAAAGAUGUUUUCUCUUCA